AUGCCCUCCAAGAGAAAAGUCCACGAUGCCGAGACCGAUGUCACUUCGAUCACUGCCCCCAAGCGCCAGCGAGUAUCUCGAGCUUGCGACCAAUGUAGAAGGCAAGCAACACUUUAUUCUGCCCGAGAGAAAUGCGAUGGCGUUCAGCCUCAAUGUUUCUCCUGCGUAACCCUGUCGAGGCAAUGCACAUAUAAUGUCGCCCCGAAGAAGCGCGGCGUACAGACCGGUCUUAUUCGGACGCUGGAGCUUGCCCUCGUCUGGCUCUUUGACCAAGUCCCUGGUACGGAAGAAAAGCUGGCUGAGUUGCUGGCCCGCGAAGGCGAUGGUGGACAGUCUCUUCUACUAGACAAAGACAGCGACGCUGGCAAUCGACUUCACAAAAGGUGGAGGAGAUGUCGAGUCCAUAAAGACAUUGACCGACUCCUAUCUGGCAAAGACGGCAUAAGCCCUCGCCAGGACACCUCAGGGGAUGAAACCGACGCAGAGGCGGACAGCCGCAAUAAACAAAAAGACUCAACACCCAAAGACGGCGGGGAUGUUUCCCCAAAACCAAACGCCACCGAACGAGCGUCAGACGCGACCUCGAAAGAACCCAAUCCCAGACAUCGGCAUGACUCUGGGUCCCGACGACAGUUCAAACUUCCAAGGAAUUUUCCUCGGCUACUUGAUGUCUAUUACUCAUAUACCCACAGUUGGCUUCCAAUACUGAAUUCCAAGGAAGUCCUCGAUACCAUCGCGGCCUCAUACCCGCCAGACGGUCUCGAUAUCGACCCAGAAGACUCGAAUGGGAGUGCGGCCCAUGCUGAACUCUGGUGUGCCCUUGCUGUCGGAGCUUUCCAGGAUGCAGCGUCAUCCCAUGUCUCUACAGAUCGGCCCAGUUUUGUAUUUGCAGCUGCGCGGAGUCUAAUCCCCAUGGAAACUGAUAUGGCACUGGGACAUGUAAAAGCUCUACUGGUGUUAUCGCUGGUAAAGUUGGGCCAGGACAACGCAGCUGCCGCCUCAUUACUCAUUGGCCUGGCCGUCAGAGGGGCCAUGGCUUUGACAGAUAGACGCUCUCGAAAUAGGGAUCGCAACUCAACACCAGGGCAAUCAGCCCCUUUAACCCUCGAAGCGAACCCGACUGCGUUGGAUCGCGUAUUAAUGGCCUGUCUCGUGCUUGAUACUAUAGUGUCCCUGGGACUUGGUCAAACACCACAUAUGAGAACUAGCGAUAUGAAAGACAAACCAACAGACGAAAACGGACCAGAGGAAUGGGCUCAUUGGGUACCUCGAAUUGGGUUUGGGUCCGAGGAGGUCGAAGGCGCCGCCCACCCUGCACAGUCUCUAAGUUCUUUCAACCAGCUUUACCAGUUCUUCCGGACGCUUAACCAGAGCGUUGAGUCGGGGACCGCAACACAGCGGAUAGGUGCAGCGGACCUGGUUCAAGUGCUUGAUCCUCGUUUCUCAUUUUGCAACUCCGUUGUGUUCGGAGCAUCGACGAUACCCAAACUCCCUUCGGCCUUUUUGAUUCAGGCCACCUUCCUUGGCGCUACGUUGACUUUAAUGGCUGAUGCGCGGGUCUCGCUUAUAUGGAGUUUAAUGGAAGUUUUGGAAAAUUCCAUAGCCAACUUUGGCGCGGCUGGCGUUUCACCGCUUCUUGUCACGUACAUGAGCAUCGCUAAUACCAAGAGUUGCGUGAAGGCUUUGCGAGACGAUGAUAAAGCUAGAUGGAACUCCAUAAUGGGGGAUUUGGUGUCCGUCUGGCAAGAUCGGACGACAAACAUGGACUUGUCUCCCCUGGAUAUUGAGCCGGGCGGCAAAACAUCUAUCCAGGCUGAGCAAUCAGCCGCUCAGUUCUCACAACCUGCUACACGCCAGACCCCCCAUUAUACACAGUUCCCGAUAAACACAGAUUCUUACCACUCCAAUGGCGGUGGUUUCUUACAAACAGCUUCCUCAGCUAGUCCUUCGACAGCGAGAACACUCCCCUUCACCCCUGGAAGUCAGCUGGACGCGUUCCCUUCAGGAUUUAUGGGGCCAUUGUCCUCCUCCACCCAAGCACCCUACCUGAUGGGACAAGGGGCUCAUGGUGUGGAUUACGACGCCAUUAUGGACGAGCUCGCUUCCAUAGACUGUACAGAUAGCAUGGAGGCAGACCCGCAGUUUAUGGCCAAUCUUGGUUUUGCCCCAGGAUCAGACUUGACGGACAUGCUGCGGAGUGAAUUCGGGGGGAUGUGA